GAGGGCGAAACGAAAUCUCAUCUUUGUCCUUCGAACAUAACGCGAGGUCUCCGCGCGAUUACCCUGCUAGGAGCUAGCUACUGCUGUGGAGUAGUGGCAUAAUCCAGGUUAAAUCAUGAGUUAUACUGAAAAACCAGAAGACAUAUCGAGGGAAGAAUGGAUGGAAAAACUCAACAAUGUCCACAUUCAGAGAGCCGACAUGAACAGACUCAUCAUGAACUAUCUGGUCACAGAGGGCUUCAAGGAGGCGGCCGAAAAAUUUCGUAUGGAGUCUGGAAUAGAACCUAGCGUAGACCUUGAUUCACUAGAUGAAAGAAUUAAAAUAAGAGAGAUGCUCUUGAAGGGACAGAUUCAGGAAGCUAUUGCACUCAUCAACAGCUUGCAUCCAGAACUGCUUGAUACCAACCGUUACCUUUACUUUCACCUACAGCAACAGCACUUGAUCGAGUUGAUUCGUUCGAGGGAGACGGAGGCUGCCCUUGAAUUCGCCCAGUCUCAGCUGGCAGAGCAGGGCGAGGAGAGUCGAGAGUGCCUGACCGAGAUGGAGAGAACGCUAGCCCUGCUGGCGUUUGACAACCCCGAGGACUCCCCCUUUGGAGAUUUGCUGAACAUGAUGCAGAGACAGAAGGUAUGGAGUGAAGUAAAUCAGUCAGUCCUUGACUAUGAGAACAGAGAAUCAACACCUAAGCUGGCUAAACUCCUAAAACUACUGCUUUGGGCACAGAAUGAACUUGAUCAGAAGAAAGUGAAGUACCCCAAAAUGACAGACCUCAGCAAGGGAACCAUCGAGGAUCCAAAAUGAGGACUUGAAGGGAAACCACCAGCUAUAUCGUUGGUACAAAAUGGACACAUUUCAUUAUUCUAUUUAUACCACAACAAAGUGACUCAUGCAGUACAGACUUUUUUUCUUUUUGUAAAGGUUGCUUUUGCAAUAUUUUAAUAACAUGCAAUGUGCAAACUGGAUUGUCUGUAUUUUAAAUACUUUAAACAUUGUCUACAUAUAAAAAAAAAAAACCUUUGACUACAAAUGUUUGUUCAUAUGUAUAUGAUAAAGUUAAGUAGGGUCCUUUGGUUUCUUCUUUCAGAUACAAAUUUUUUUUUUGUGAAUUUGCAAGGGAUAUUGCAUAGCAUGAAGUAAAAAUAAGCCUAAAUUAGGCAUUUGGUUCUGAAUGCAACCCGAUACAAUAUGAAUGAGAUUUUAUUGGAUUUGGCUGAUUGUUCACUGGCUCAAAUUAACACAUUUCUUUGAAAGACAAAUGUUUUUGCUUGUAAAUAGCAUUCAAUCCAAGAUAUGUUCCAGUGUGGUGUAGUAGGAUAAAGUGAUUCGACAGUGUAAAUUAAAUAUACUGUGCCAUCCCUUGAAACACUAUACCAUCUAACGUAUGGUACUACUAACCAGUUAAAAGGCAUGGGCAAAGGCAAACUACCUCGGAUGCAUCAGCCCUUACAAUGCCCGGCCGAACAUGACUUCAUGUUAAAUAAGAGUUACAAAACAAAGUGCAGGCUCUGGCAUGGGCAAGGUUUAUCCGAAGAAUCUUUACAUUUAUAGAGUAAGUAGCCCUUUAAAACUUUGAUGUGCUUUGCUGGUAUUAUUUUACAAUAAACGUUU